AUGGCACACGGUUCAGGCGGGUUUUCUCUCGGGGGUGAGAAGGACGGAAUGGUGUCUGUGAAAUUCGAGGUGCAUGGCCGCGUUCAAGGUGUGUUUUUUCGAGCCCACACGCAGGAACAAGCUCAGCAGAUGGGCUUGACGGGGUGGGUUCAGAACAUGCCGGGGGGUACCGUCAUGGGAGAGGUGCAAGGAUCGAGCGGUCACGUUGAGAAGAUGCUCCAUUGGCUUCGGCACGUCGGGAGUCCCCAGAGUCGGAUUGACAAAUUGGAUAUAGUCGAAAGAAAAGUGAUAGCGGAGCCAGCGUUCGCUUCCUUUGAAGUAAGGCGAAGGAAGCGCUGA